ACGGUGGUUUAAAGGUAUUGUGGAACAAACAUCACAUAAUGGAGGUUUCCCAAACUCCUGAAGAGAAGGACAACUACUCCUUAGCGCUGCACUUGUUCCCGAGGCACCCACGGCUUGCCCCCAUCUCUCCUGUGAGACUCACAUGCUUCAAUGAACAGGGCAAGGAAAUCAAACCCAAGACUCCAGUCAGGGAUGGCUUCUUUAGGAGGUUUGGUAAGUGGGCAACAUCUAUGCUUGGUACUCAAGAAACAAAUAAUAAUUGUGAAGAAGAUGGAAUGCAAAAUGACCGCCAAAAAGGCAGCUCAAGUGGAUCACAAAAUACAACUUUUAUACCAUGCAAAAAUUUUUACCAAAACUCUUCUCCUACUGUGCCUAAAAGAAGCUGUGCAGAGUAUCCUCAUAAAGUGCGGACCAAAACCCUGGUCAAAUCUAUUGCCCCCAGAAAAAGUUUGAAGUUAGUGAAGCUCCCUGAAAAAGAAAUGCGUGAGCACAUAAAGAAAAAUUCACCCACAAAGUUGAAAGAUUGUGAUGAUCACAACAGAGGGGCAAAAUUGAAAGCGUGGUGCAGGUCCACAAUGAGAAACUCACUGUGUGGAAUUUCAUGCAAAAGUAAAAUGCAGAAAAAGAAUGCUAGCAAGUUUGUGAAAAAAUCCCCCGUGAAGUUGGAGGAGCUGGAGAGAAGUCUCCUCUCAUGGGGAAAGUUUGAUGGAUCAUUUGUGAUCGGCCCUCAAGUGUUCUAUGGGGGACUGGGCCGGAAAGAUAAAGAAAAUGAAACUGGGUCAUCAGUCCUUCCAGUUCGUAAAUCAAAAAGAAAAACUGCCCGACGGGUUCAGUUUGAACAAAAGUUGGACAUUUUUAAUAAAAUAAAGAACAAGUGUCAAGAAGGAAUAAAGAUGGUGGAGUUGCCAGGGAAGGGACGUGGCGUGGUCACCACUCGGCCCUUCAGGAAGGGGGAGUUCGUGGUGGAGUAUGUGGGGGAGCUGGUGGAGCAUGAGGUCGCCCUGGCUCGGGAGCAGGCCUAUGAGGGGGAUGACUCCAUCGGCUGCUACAUGUACUUCUUCAGGCAUGGCGACGAGGUCCUCUG